AAGUUUUCGGAAAGUCCUAUGAUCGUCUUCUAGAGAUUUCUUUCUUACGAACCGGUUUUCGGACUCGAGACGUCGUGGGUCGUUGUUCUUUCUAUUUUUGCUUCUCAGGCAGAAAAUGGGUUUCUGGACUUUUUUAGAAGGCGUUUUGCUCUUUGCAAAUGCAUUGGCAAUUUUGAAUGAGGAGCGGUUCCUUGCUCCAAGAGGAUGGACUUUGGCAGAAAUGACAGGGCCUAGGAGGAGUUCUCUUAAAGGGCAAAUAGUAGGACUCAUAUAUGCUUGUCAAUUCUUGAGACUUCCUCUAAUUCUCUUCAACGCUAUCUUUAUAAUUGUGAAGCUGGUCUCUGGAUAACAUAAUAGAGUGGCAUUGAAGCUCUGUGCAUGAUAUUUACAUUUUGUGUUCUGUGAAUAUUUGCAAUCGUAUAAGUUCAAUUCUGAUGUAUAAUGAACAGAGUAAAUCAGUUGUAUCAGUUAAGUAUUGAAUCUGUCUUGAUUAUCAUUCUCAA